AUGCGUCGGGGUCAGAGGAGUAAGCUCCGCACCCGUGAGAGACGCCGCCAGGCCCAAAGUGGGACCCAGGGUCUGACAGGUGCUCAGGCCACUCCAGCCGCCUCGUCUUCAUCUCCUCCUCCUCCUCUUGGAGUUACUACUCAGAGAAAGCUGGGUGCUAAGUCAUGUAGCACUCUCAAGAGUCCUCAGAGGGCCCGAGCCACCAGCACUAAGCCUGCAGGUGUUUCUCCCAGAAGAUCAUACAAAGGAGCCAAAGGCCAAAUGGAGAAAAAGCAGAGGUCCUCUCAGGCCCCCGUCCCCGCUGUGCGGUCUCGAAAACGCCCUCUAAGGAAGACAGCGAAUGUGUUGGUGCAGUUCCUGAUGCACAUGUAUAAAAAGAAAAAGCCUGCUAUGAAAGCACAUAUGCUGAAGUUUAUCGGUAAAAAGUACCAAAACCGAUUCCUUGAGAUCCUCAGAAGAGCUUCUUUCAGCAUGGAGGUGGUAUUUGGUAUUGACGUAAAGGAAGUGGACCCUACCAAGCAUUCUUAUACCUUUGUCAGCAAAAUGGCUCUCCCCAACAAUGGGGCCGUGGGCCGCGUCAGGGGAUUCCCCAAGACUGGUCUCCUGCUGCAUCUCCUGGGUGUGAUCCUCAUGAAGGGCAACUGCGCCACAGAGGAGACUAUCUGGGAAUUCCUGAAUAAGAUGAGAAUCUAUGCUGGGAAGAGGCACUUCCUAUUUGGGGAGCCCAAGAAGCUCAUCACCCAAGAUUUGGUGAAGCUGAAGUAUUUGGAAUACCGGCAAGUGGCCAACAGUGAUCCAGCACGCUACGAGUUCCUGUGGGGCCCGAGAGCCCACGCCGAGACCAGCAAGAUGAAAGUCCUGGAGUUCCUGGCCAAGGUCAAUCACACCGUCCCCAGUGCCUUCCAGUCUUGCUAUGAAGAAGCUUUGAAAGAUGAGGAAGAGAGAGCCCAAGCCAGUGGGUGUUCCAGUGUUCUGUCCAGCUCCUCCCACACAGAAUCUGGGGCAGAGCCUGUACUUCGUGGCUGA